AUGAAGCCCACUCUCACCACCCUCACCCCCCUCCUCCUCCUCCUCGCCCACCUCACCACCGCCCAAAACUGCUACUUCCCCUCCGGCACCCUCGCGCCCGACUCAACCCCCUGCUUCCCCGCCAACAGCAGCGCAAGCGUCUGCUGCCCCCUCAAAUGGGAAUGCCUCUCCAACGGCCUCUGCCACCUCGCAGCGGAGAAUUACUUCGGGAGGUAUUCGUGUACGGAUCGGGCGUUUGGGGUGGGAUGUCCUGGGUUUUGUACUACAGGGGCUGGCGAAGCGGGCAACGAGGCGGUUCUGCAGUGUGCGGAUGGGCAUUGGUGCUGCGAUGGGAAUCGCUCGCGGGAUUGCUGUGCUGAUGGGGAGGCGGAGGUGAUUGAGGUUCCGGAGGGGGAGGUGGUGGCGUUUGUGUCGGUGGCGCCGGGGGCGAUGAGUUCUGGUGGUGAUGCUACGACGACGACGAGGGGAAGUAGCAGUGCGACGACUUCGACUUCGAGGACCAGCAGUUCAUCUUCGACGACGACGCAGACGGAGACGGAAACGACCAUCACAACCUCAUCAGCAACGACCAACGCCGCCGGCGUCGCAACAACAAUCCUCCUCAUCUCAACAGCCACGCAAGCCCUCCCAGCAUCACCAACCCCCACAACCGCAACCACCGCCUCCCCCUCGAAGAACAACACCCCCCUCAUCGCCGCCCUCUCCGCAAGCCUGCCCACGACCGCCCUCCUCCUCGCCGGCCUCAUCUUCCUCCUGCACCGCCGGCGGAAACAACAGAGCCCUCAUGAGGAGCAAGAUCAGAAACCUUCUACUUCCACCACGACGACGGAUACGGCGGAUUUGCCGUACAUGUACGGCAACGCGACCCUGACGGGCCAACCGCCUGAAAUCGACUCGUUCCCUGUCGCAGCUGGGACGUCGAAGGGCGGACGGACGAGUCUCGUCAGCGAAUUGAGCGGCUCCGAAGUCCCUUCACAAACCAGUCCGACGGUGUCCAGUCUGCACAGUCCCAUCAUGGGUAAAUCCGGAUUUGGAGGCCUGGGCCAGGUCCAAGAAGAAGAAGACAUCGGAGCGGUGGAACUCCCCGCCGAGAACGAACUUGACAGCGCUGCUGCUGCGGUGCAGACGAAGACGAAGGAUUGGGCGGAGAGAGAUAGACGCACGAGUUAUCCGGGUUAUGUGCCGUAUCGGCAGGAGGGCGGCGAGGGUUUUCGAUCGGGGUAUCCGAAUCCGCCUCCUCCAUCUCUACCUCCUCAACCGACUGCGACGGAGUCUUCGGCGGCGUAUGUCGCGUACCGGCCACCUGGUUCAGGAGAAGGAGGAGGCUCAGGCCCAGACCCAGAGUCAACCUCCCCCUCCCCCUUAGGAGAUCCAACCACCACAGCAGAAGCAGAACCUCCACAAGAAGCCACCCAAGAAGCUCCACAAGAAGCAAAACAGAACCCUCCAAGAGCCGAAGCAGCCACUCCACCACAAACUCCCCAAACCCAACCAGACACCGACUUCGAUCACGGCCAACUGGGCGCUGGAGGGCUGAGGAUUGUGAAUCAGUAG